AUGGGAACUCAUGGAAGAAUUCCUGUGGUGAUUGGUGUCGGCGACAUCAAAAAUGGCUCCAAGAGCAUCGAGGAUGCACAUGAGCCAUUGGGCCUCAUUCUGCAGGCGAUUGAGAGGGCGAUACAGGAUUCCGGUAUCUCACACAGCGCGGCCCAGGAACUCCAAUCAAGCAUCGACAGUGUGGACGUUGUCAAAACCUGGACUUGGCCAUAUCCAGAUCUUCCAGGUCUAAUCGCUCGGAAGUUGGGGGUACAACCCAAACAUACAUUUUAUAGCGAAAAUGGCGGGAAUUCACCUGGGAAACUAUUUGAUGAGGCCGCUCGCCGUGUCUCUUUGGGGCGGAGCAAGGUUGCGGUGGUGACAGGUGGUGAAGCGCUUGCUUCUCAAUCUUACGCUUUGUUAGACCUGGGUGCGAUGCACUCCAUCGGACUACCUGUUCAUGUUUACCCACUGUACGAAAAUGGAUUCAGAGCACAUCGUCGCCAGUCCCUGGAAGAAAACAAUUCGGAAUCGGCUCAAUUGUAUGGCAGUUUUGCCAGAAUAGCUGAAGGAAAUCCCGUUGCCUGGAGUCACGGAAAACCCGCUGAAACCCCUCAAUCAAUAGGAACCGUAACAAAACGCAACCGGCUUAUCUGCUUCCCAUCGUGUCUGCUUACCAGCACUGAAUUUGCAAGCAAACUUGGUAUCCCUGAAAGCAGAUGGGUCUAUCCUUUGGGCGGAGCCGGAACCGCUGAUAGCAAUAACUUUUGGGAACGGCCAAAUUUCUAUUCCUGCCCUUCUAUUUCUAGAUCGCUAGAUUCCGCGUUGGAUUUAUCUGGGUUGGACAAAGGAGAUAUUGAUCUUUAUGACUUUUACUCGUCGGUGCCGCAACUCCUCAUACCCUCUACAAACUCCUUUAUUCACUGUUUCAACAGCUGUUUUCCUAUCGUCCCCAAGCUCGCUUGCCAGCAUCUAGGCUUGCCGAUCAUUGACGCGCAAAAACCGAUCACACUCCUAGGAGGUCUAACGUCAUUUGGAGGAGCUGGCAACAAUUAUUCCAUGCAUGCAAUCACAGCUAUGGUUCGUCGGCUGAGAGAGAGCACCGGACGCCGUUGCAACGGACUGGUCUUAGCCAAUGGCGGAGUACUCACAUACCAGCAUGUUGUUGUGCUUUCUUCCCAACCUCGAAAAGACGGACUCUCGUACCCGAGCAAAAACCCGCUUCCUGAUGUUUUGACGGACGAGGAGGUCCCGGUCAUCGAAAGCAACCCGGAAGGCAAAGCUGUGGUCGAGACCUACACUGUUGAAUUCAACAGAGACGGCACUCCCUACCAGGGAUAUGUAGUGGGCCGACUGAAGAGCAAUAACCAUCGAUUUAUCGCCAAUCAUGCGGAUGACGAUAGCUUGAAUCGCCUUUGCAGCAUAUCGGAAGAAGUGAUUGGGAAGACUGGUUGGAGUAUCUAUGCGAAUUUCUCCCGUCAUAUCUCUAUUGCCCAAUAUGUCCCAAUGAAUCAUCGACAGCAACCGCCAGUUGCAAAUCAUUUUGGCGAUCGCUGGCUUCAGAAGCUGCCAGCAAAAAGAUGUGGCUGGCUGGACCAUCCAAAUGGCUAUAUAAGUAGCGAUUGA